AUAACAAGUUAUGCCUUCCGACCUAUUUUUAUAUGUUAAUGUCCACAUUAGCUUGACAUACAGCUCAAGUUAUUUACAGAUUCAUACAGCGAAUCGGGGAAUUUUCUAAAGAUGCUUGGUCAGUCCAUGAACCGCGGAACUAUACUGUUAUGCAGACAAUUCUCGUCUUUUCUUGUUAAUAUAUAAGCUAGAGGACGUCUACAUAUAUUUCAUAAGUUGUUUUGUGAAGAAUUGAGCCUUCUUGGUGUUCUUUAAACUUCAUUCACCAAACCAGAAAUUACAGUUCCUUUUUGGGUGGUCUGGAAUCAUCAGCAUUGUUUUGCAACUUUGCAGAUCACCAAGUUGAUAAGCAAAGAUGGCGGAUAGUUUCCAUCAGCCAUCUGUAAUUCAGAAAAUGCAGGGGAGAUUCUAUGUUUGUGCUCAACCAUCUCCUUACAUGCAUCGUAGAAAUGCUAGCAUAGAAAAUUUUACGGGUGGAUAUGUCAAUGGUGGUCUCGGAAGCCCUUGCUUCCCAGCCUCCCAAGUUACUGGUCUCGGAAGCCCUUGCUUCCCAGCCUCCCAAGUUACUGGACUCCAUCAUGUAUCGCAAGUGUCCCCUGUUCUGAUCCCUUCAGCAAAAGAGACGGGCUUUUCUAGCUUUAUGGUGGAUUUCCUCAUGGGAGGGGUUUCAGGUGCUGUGUCAAAAACUGCUACUGCUCCUAUUGAGAGAGUUAAGCUUUUAAUUCAGAAUCAGGAGGAGAUGAUCAAAGCCGGACGCCUGACUGAGCGAUACAAGGGAAUUACUGAUUGCUUUGCUCGGACAGUCAAGGAUGAAGGCGUCCUUUCUCUUUGGAGAGGCAACAAUACAAAUGUUAUCAGAUACUUCCCCACUCAGGCCCUAAAUUUUGCUUUCAAAGACCAUUUUAAGAAGAUGUUUAACUUCAAGAAAGACAAGGAUGGCUACUGGAAGUGGUUCGCAGGGAAUUUGGCAUCCGGUGCUUUAGCUGGUGCUACAUCUCAGCUCUUUGUCUACUCCCUGGAUUAUGCCCGGACGCGUCUGACGAAUGAUGCCAAGGCAGUUACAAAGGGCGGCGAGAGGCAAUUUAAUGGUUUAAUUGAUGUUUAUAGGAAAACAAUCCGAUCUGAUGGCAUUGCAGGGCUUUAUCGGGGAUUCAACACUUCACUUGCUGGAAUCAUCGUCUAUCGCGGCCUAUACUUUGGACUCUAUGAUUCACUCAAACCUGUUGUCCUUGUUGGUGAUUUGCAGGAUAGUUUCUUUGCUAGCUUCCUGCUUGGAUGGGGUGUAACCAAUGGCGCUGGAUUGGCUUCCUAUCCAUUUGACACGGUGCGUCGAAGAAUGAUGAUGACCUCCGGUGAGGCUGUCAAGUACAAGGGCUCGGUGGACGCAUUUGCUCAGAUCAUCAAGAAUGAGGGUGCCAAAUCCCUGUUCAGAGGUGCUGGAGCCAACAUCCUGCGUGCUAUUGCAGGUGCUGGGGUCUUAGCAGGUUACGACAAAUUGCAGCUCAUUUACUUCGGCAAGAAAUAUUGAUCUGGUGGUGGUUAAAUUCGACAUCGGCGGUGGUGAUGAUGAUGACGAGAAAACUUCUAUGAUGAUUGUGUAGGUGGUUGACAUCCUCGUGUAUCUCAGGAAAAUUCAGUUCACAGGAAAAUGUAAUAUCAAUACCUGUUUUUAGAGUUAUUGAACCAUUUAUUUGAAGACAUGUUACCUGGGCUCCAGACCCAGGCACCUAGAGUGAUUUUCAGAAGAAAGAACUGCAAGUUUUUGUAUUUAUAUGUUGUGAUAUUGGAAUUUGAUCUUGCUCUUCUA